AUGCACACGGAGAUCCAUGAGUACCUGCAGUCUGAGGGCUCCAGGAAGCCGCUCUCACUUGCUGCGUGUAACCUCAAUAAGACGUCUUGUGAGAUCGUGGCCUCUGCUCUGCAGUCUGCAGACUGCCACCUGGUGGAGUUGGACCUGGGCAAAAAUGACCUGCUGGAUGCAGGAGUCGACUGUGUGUUUGCCUCAAUGCUGAGUACUCACUGCAAGCUGGAGAUACUGAGAGUCCCUGAGUGUAAGGUGACUGAGACGUCCUGUGGGAGUCUGCGGGUCGCCCUCCAAUCACAACUGUGCCACCUCAGAGAGCUGGACAUGAGUGGCAACGAGCUGAAGGAUUCAGGGGUGAUGUCGAUAUGCAAGGGAUUAAAGAACCCACACUGCAAGCUUAAGACACUUAGACUGGCAUGCUGUGGCCUGACUGAGGUGUCCUGUCGAGGCCUUGGCCCUGUCCUCCAGUCCCCUGGCUCAACUUUGAGGGAGCUGGACCUAACGGAAAAUGACCUGAGGGACUCAGGGACCAAGCUUCUGGCAACUGGACUAGGGAGUUCACAGUGUAAACUUGAGAAACUGAAGCUACUUGGCUGUCUUAUCUCCGAGGAAGGCUGCCUUUCCCUGGCCUCAGCCCUGAAGUCAAACCCCUCACACCUGCUUGAGCUGGAUCUGAGCUACAACCACCCUGGGGAUAUGGGAGCGGAGCUGCUUACUGUUAGACAGAUCGAUCCCGGCUCCAAACUUCCAGAGAUCAAUGUUGAUCAUGGUGCAGCUUGCAGGUUGAGAUCUGGACUACGGAAAUAUGCCUGCAAGCUUAGCUUCGACCCAAACACGGCCCACAGAAAACUCUCCCUCUCAGAGGACAACAGGAACGUGGAGUGCACCAUGCGAGAACAGCCCUAUCCAGACCACCCAGAGAGAUUUAGCACCUGGCAGGUCCUUUGCAGAGAACCCCAGUCUGGACGCUCCUACUGGGAGGUCGAGCGAAGUGGUUGGUAUGGAGUUGUUGUCGGAAGUGUCGUACAAAGUCACAGAAGGGCGGAUGCAGCAUAAUAAGAUCGGCUACGACGACUGGUCGUGGAGCCUGGCUUGCUACGAUAACAGGUUCACGGCCAGGCACAACAAACGGCGUACUAACAUACCUGCCCCCGUGCUCAACGCACACCGAAUAGCAGUGUACCUGAACUGGCCCGCGGGCCUCUUGUCUUUCUUCAGUGCCGCCGAAGGUACAUUGACUCACUUGCACACGUUCUAUUCGAGAUUCUCCGAGCCGCUUUACCCGGCGCUGAGGUUUAUCUUUGCUGGCUCGUCUGCAUCCAUCUGUGAGUUAGCCUAGCAGCUGAACGUUGUGCUUUGACAUCCGUCAAGUAGCCUAGCAGUUGAACGUUGUGCUUUGACAUCUGUGAGUUAUAGCCUAGCAGCUGAACGUUGUGCUUUAAACAUACUUUUGUUGCUUUUUUGCAGCUCACAGUCAGGGCGUUUGCAUGCAAAUAAAAAAAGAAGCUGAUUGACCAGUUGACUUACUGACAGAAAACGCUAUUGCUUCGCUUCCAUUUUGUAGCCAUGUAGAAUACACUGAUGUCCUGAUGAGAUUAACACUGUCUUUACCCAUUUGCUGUACUUCAUAGAUGUAUUUACUUAUUUUAUCUAAAACCCAAAUGGCAAUAUUCAGUUGGGAUUUUAUUGGGUCUUUUGUUACUUUUUAUGAGCCUUAAAGCCAAAGGUAAAACGGGAAUUACUACCAGUGAGUAUCUUGAAGUCAAUGGAAUAAGGACAUCAUGUAGCCAUUUUGUGAUAGUGGACAUUAGUUGAUGUUUUUUUUUUUUUACUAUACACAUUGUACAUACUUGUAAAUAUUCUCCACAUUUGUGUUUUAUAGUGUAAAUAAAAUGUUCAAAUUUAUAGUUGCCUACAGUAACUGUAGUCUGCAAGUCGCAGAAAUCACAUAUUACUAGAUGAACUAUGAAGUGAUGUAUUAUUGUACAAGUUGAUGCAAACAUAUUUGUCCUCUUUUGUUGUGAUUGACACCAAACACAUUUGACUAUUUCUACCACAAUGAACUAUGAAU